AUGGCGACGACAGCACCAGGCAAUGACCCGCCUCCGGUGCAACGGCCGCCGAGAGACCUGCGCCCGCAAACAGAGGAUGUGACUGCGACCAAAGGUAAUGACUUUGAGGACUUUUUCCUGAAACGGGAACUGCUCAUGGGUAUCUUCGAAGCAGGGUUUGAGCGUCCAUCGCCGAUUCAAGAGGAGUCGAUUCCCAUUGCACUCUCCGGACGCGAUAUUUUGGCCCGUGCAAAGAACGGUACUGGUAAGACGGCCGCCUAUGUGAUCCCUUCGCUGGAGCGGAUCAACCCGAAGAAGGAAAAGAUUCAAGCAGUGCUUCUUGUUCCCACACGUGAGCUUGCUCUUCAGACAAGUCAAGUGGCUAAGACACUUGGUAAGCACCUCGGUGUUGAAAUCAUGGUUAGCACUGGUGGUACAACACUGAAAGACGAUAUUUUGCGUCUCGGCCAGACUGUGCAUAUGCUCGUCGGUACGCCUGGGCGUAUUCUCGAUUUGGCUAGCAAGGGUAUUGCUGACCUGAGUCAGUGCACGACAUUUGUCAUGGACGAGGCUGACAAGCUACUGUCGCCUGAAUUCACGCCUGUGAUGGAGCAGCUACUUGGUUUGCUGCCCAAGGAACGCCAGGUCAUGCUCUUCUCGGCGACAUUCCCCCUGAUCGUCAAGGACUUCAAGGAUAAGCAUAUGGUGAAACCCUACGAAAUUAACCUAAUGGACGAGCUCACGCUACGUGGUGUCACCCAGUACUAUGCCUUUGUGGAAGAGCGUCAAAAGGUCCAUUGUCUCAAUACCUUGUUCUCGAAGCUUCAGAUUAAUCAGUCCAUCAUCUUCUGCAAUUCGACGAACCGUGUGGAACUGCUGGCGAAGAAGAUCACGGAACUAGGCUACUCAUGCUUUUACUCGCACGCCAAGAUGCUGCAGGCUCACCGCAACCGCGUCUUUCAUGAUUUCCGCCAAGGAGCAUGCCGCAACCUUGUUUGCUCAGACCUACUUACCCGCGGUAUCGAUAUCCAGGCAGUUAAUGUGGUUAUUAAUUUCGACUUCCCCAAAAAUGCGGAGACAUACCUGCAUCGCAUUGGCCGUAGUGGUCGCUUUGGUCAUAUGGGUCUUGCUAUCAACUUGAUCACGUAUGAAGAUCGCUUCAACUUGUACCGAAUUGAGCAAGAACUUGGCACCGAAGUUCAGCCGAUUCCCGCUACGAUUGACAAGCGUCUGUAUGUGGCUCCUUCUUUGAUUGAGGAGGCCGAGCAACGCGAGCGUGAGGCCAAGGCUACUGGAAAGCCGACACAGGGCCCUGGCGUGAUGCAGCAGGGCUUACCAUCCAUUCCCCCUACGCAGGCAGCAAUGCACGCUGUACCUAUGGAGCAUAACGGCAACUUUACGAACACUGUGCCACACCGUCGAGGUGGCCGUCGCAACCGCCGGGGUGGCGGUGGUAAUGGCAAUGGCAGCAAAAACAAUGGCAACGGCAGCCAAAGCCAAACCAGCUAA